GUAGCAAGUAGCAAGUAGCAACUAGCAAGCUGCCAAAAGGACUUAUACAAUCCAUUUCCCCCCUUUCCUACUUAACUCAAUUAAAUAAAUACCAUUUCUGGUGAAAGGGCCUUAACUCUUCAUUGCUUCUGUGCUCCUUUCUUCUUCUGGCUUCAUGCAUAACUUCCUACUUCAAAGGGGAAGCUUCUCAUUUGACUCUUACUUUAUCUGCUUUACUAUUUGAUUUGCUGGCACCCUCUGCUUCACAGGAGUUGAAAAAAUGGGAUAAAGUGGUUUGUUCUCUGUGUAGAGUUUGGUAGAGAAAGAUAACAUUUUUAGUCCUUUAUAAUGCCAGUUCCACUUGCUCCCUACCCGACACCACCAGCUCCAUAUACACCACCAGCAAAUGGUGCACAGAGUCAACUUGUCUGUUCUGGGUGUAGAAACCUUCUAGUCUAUCCAGUUGGAGCAACCUCUGUGUGCUGUGCUGUUUGCAAUGCAGUCACAGCAGUGCCACCUCCUGGCACAGAAAUGGCCCAGUUAAUUUGUGGAGGCUGCCAUACUUUACUCAUGUACAUCCGUGGAGCUACAAGUGUACAAUGCUCUUGUUGUCACACUGUCAAUCUAGCUUUGGAAGCAAAUCAGGUGGCACAUGUUAACUGUGGGAGCUGCAGGAUGCUACUCAUGUACCAAUAUGGAGCAAGAUCCGUGAAAUGUGCAGUUUGCAAUUUUGUAACAUCAGUUGGGGCCUCAGCAAGCACCAUUGAGCAGAAGUUCAGCACCUAAAUCAUACUAUAGCAUGGUCAUUACAGACUCUACAGCCUUGGUUUUGCUAGUUACAUAUCAUCCUUAAGGAAUAAAGAGUGCAAAUCAGAUUGGAGAUGGAAAUCUCUUCACAUGUAUAGAGUUAUUUUUCCCUUGCGUGAUUUAAUUCAAUGUUUUUGUUAGUUGGGUGUACGAAUAUCUAUUUAUGAUAAGAUUCCUUGUUCUGAGUGCUUUGAAAAUUCACAUCAUCUUUAGACAAGGUUUAUUUUCUAUUGUAAUGUAACAUCAGAUUGGAGAGGGAACUCUCUUCACAUGUAUAGAGUUA